AAGCACCAUUUCACCUUAGGAAUUUUGCUCUCUUUCUUUCUCUCUCUCUGCUGAUGUCACUGUCUUUAUUGCUGUUAAUAAAAACUCUUCUAUAUACUACUUUGUUCUCACACUUGUGGAGAGAGAGAGAACAAACAAGGAGCUUCUGUUUCUUGCUUCUAGCAACCUUCUUAUUUCAACUUCAACAAAGUCAGAAAAAUCUAUCAGCCUUUGCACUUAGCUCAGAUAACUGAUUUGGUUUAGCCAUGAACAACAGUGUUCCUGAUUGGAAUUUUGGGAGUGAUUCCUGUGUCACCUCCACCAAUCAAAAGAAGCCCAUGAUGGGGGUGGACCAAGAGCUUGUGGAGCUUCUGUGGCAAAAUGGCCAGGUAGUGCACAGCCAAACUCAUAGAAAACCGGUUGUGAACUCAAGUAACUUGAUUCAAGAUGAUGAGACAGUCUCAUGGAUCCAAUACCCUCUUGAGGAUCCAUUGGAACAAGAAUUCUGUUCAAACCUUUUGUCUGAACUGGCACCUUGUGAAGUUGAGUCCUAUAAGCAAAUCAAGCCAUUUGAAGAGGGAAAAUUUACCAAAUUGGAUGCUUCUAGUGCCCCUCAUGUGACUGUAAGUUCACAAUUACCUACCAUGAAAUCCUCCUCUUUUCAGGAUUUCUCAGGAAUUCCUAUACCGGCCCCAAGAUUCCAUGUUUCUGAUUCACCUCAGAAAAACAAUAAUCACUUGGGUGGAUCAUGUAAGGUCCAAAACUUCUCUCACUUUUCAGCACCCCUUAAUGUUUCUUCAGCAUCGGCUAACGUGCAUUUUGGAGACAAAAUUACUGGUAACAUGUCAAGAAAUGAGAUUAGGGAGUGCUCAUUGAUGACAGUUGGAUCAAGUUACUGUGGUAGCAAUCACAUCCCCCAAGAUCCAGAUGCUAGCAGGGCAUCAAGCAAUGGUGUUUGGACUACUACUUUAUCAGUCGAGCCAGAAGCUGUUAGAGACGAUGUGCCGAAAACAAUUCCUCAGAAGGAGAAAGGGAAAUCAGAGAUGCUUGAACCAGCUGUGACUUCAUCAUCUGGUGGCUCAGGUAGUAGUCUUGGAAAAACUUGUUCAUUAUCUACGAGAAACCAGGGCCAAAAAAGAAAAGGAAUAGACGUGGAAGAAUCUGAGGAGCAAAGUGAGGACACAGAACUUAAAUCAGCACUUGGAAACAAGUCAUCUCAACGCACAGGGUCGGCUCGAAGGAACCGUGCUGCUGAAGUGCAUAAUCUAUCGGAAAGGAGAAGGAGAGACAGGAUCAAUGAGAAGAUGAAGGCAUUGCAACAACUCAUACCUCACAGUAGCAAGACAGACAAAGCAUCGAUGUUGGAAGAGGCAAUUGAAUACUUGAAAUCACUUCAGCUACAACUUCAGCUAAUGUGGAUGGGAUCUGGCAUGGCACCAAUAAUGUUUCCAGGAAUUCAGCACUACAUGUCACAAAUGGGCAUGGGAAUGGCUAGACCGCCUUUCCCUCCUCCUAUUCAUAAUCCGAUGCAAUUACCGAGAGUGCCGCUUGAUAAGUCUGUAUCUGCAUCUCAGACACCAAACCAGACAUUAAUGUGCCAAAAUCCCAUUUUGGGUGCAUUUAAUUACCAAAAUCAGAUGCAAAAUCCAGCUCUUUCGGAGCAAUAUGUGCGUUACAUGGGCUAUCAUCUUAUGCAAAAUGCCUCUCAGCCAAUGAAUGUAUUCAGAUAUGGUCCCCAGGGAGUACAACAUAGUCAAACAAUGAUUACACCCAGCAGCAACAGCAGUGGAAACAUGAGUGGAGCAGCAAAUAUUGAUGAGGCUGUGAGUGGCAAAAUGGGUUAAUUAGUUUAGAAGCACGCUUUUGAAUACCUAUGGCGUAACCAACAAGAUAAUUGCAAGAUGAUAGAAGCCCUUAUAAGGCUUGUAUGCUUUCACAGUUCUUCCACCUUUAACUUAAAUAGCAGUCAGCACCUGAUCAAACAUCCUUAAUUGGAGGGUUUGGAUGGUGGAAUCAAGCCUGAAAGCGCCAAGAUGUACAUAUACUCCAAAUUUGUGUAGUGUGGUAGCCAUGCAAUUUAUAUCAAAUUGAAGAGUUUUGUUGUCCAACUUUGAGAAAAAUUGUAGUAGACAGGUCCUUCAUUAUGGGCCAGUUUUGUUCUUAGCUCCUAUGUCCCAUCAGGUAGAGCAUUUUGCACUGUUUGUAGAUCUGGGAAAGCAACAUGAUGAGCUAAUUUUUUUGGCUGAAAUAUGCAAUCAUUGUGUCUCAACUUAUCAAGAGAACAAUUAUGAGUUUAACCGCCAUGUACUUUUAGUGUAAUUUUUUUAUAUUAUCAACCAAUAAAAAAAUUUAAAUAUAUUUUUUA